AAAACUAAAUUUUGAAGAAAAAAGAACAUUUAUCAAUAAUCCAAGAGAAAUUUAGUUAAAAGGGCAUUGUGACAGCCUCAUUGUUUUGGCGCUCUUUUCACUUCAUACUUUCCAUCUCUCUCUGCAAUCUUUAGGGACAGAAAGAAGUAACAAAGAGUCGAGAGAGAAGAGUAUAGUGAAUCUCGACGAGUAGUAAACGAUCUGAGAAACGAAAGACACAAAGAAAAUGGCUGAUUUUAUAAAUAAGAGAAGACGGUUCUUUGCUGUUAUGCUCAUAAUUCCUGUACUCCUUUCCCUAAGAAAUCCAAAGGUUGAUCAAAUGGAAGACAUUAAUUUCUCUGUUUUUCUACAAAGAGAUGAGAUUAUUCGCACCUAUUCUACGGCUGAUAUUCAUGACCUUGAGUACGACUUCUAUCGCCAAACAUGCCCUCAAGCAGAGUCCAUUGUCAGAUCAAGAAUGGCUUCCAUUUACUCACAGCAUAAUGAUGUCUCUGCCGGUCUCUUGAGGCUCUUUUUCCAUGAUUGCUUUAUCAAGGGUUGUGAUGCUUCAGUCUUUUUGGAUGAUAGCAAUGGCAAUAGUAACCGUUCCAUUGAGAAGCAAGCUAUCCCCAACAGGACCUUGAAGGGUCUUGAUAAAAUAGACAUGAUCAAGAAGGACCUAGAAAAUGCUUGUCCAGGAGUGGUUUCGUGCGCUGAUACUCUGGCAUUGGCCACCAGAGAUGGGGUUGUUCUGGCUGGUGGUCCUUUUUAUCCAGUUUUUACAGGCAGGAGAGACAGUACCCAAUCCUACUUUCAGGAAGCCAUGGCUGAGAUUCCAAAGCCUAAUGGGAACAUCAGCGAAACACUUGAUCUCUUUGCCCUCAGGGGUUUUAAUGAAAGAGAAACAGUCAGCCUUCUAGGCGCGCACAAUGUGGGCAGAAUAGGCUGUGACUUCAUUCAGGGUCGCCUGGAUAACUUUGAAGGAACAGGGCAGCCAGACCCCUCUAUGCCUUCUGAUUUUGUCAAUGAGAUGAGACUUAAUUGUCAAGACAAUAGCAGCAUCGUUCAUGAUGAGGCUCCUGUUCCCAUGAUGUCAAGAGAAGUGAAGAAUCCGACUAACGGUUUGAUGUUUUCUCAAGGAUUAUCAACUUCAGUCUCAUCUGGAACAGGUUUUGAUGCCCACUACUAUCGGAACUUGCUGCGGGGUAGAGGACUUCUAUUUUCUGACCAACAAUUGAUGGCUGAUGAGAACACUGCAAGAUAUGUGAGGCUUUAUUCUUCAGAUGAUGGAAUAACCUUCAGAAAGGACUUCUCCAGAGCUAUGGUGAGGAUGUCGAACCUUAAUGUGCUGACUGGAAUUCAAGGUGAGGUUCGAACCAAAUGCUCGUUGCCCGUCAGCAGCUCCUCUUAAGUGACAGAAUCCAUCAAAGGUUGAUUCUUGAGAUUGUUUUCAUUCUUCUAAUCUAGCAAAAUCAUAUAGGCAUAUAGGUGUUUAGUUCUUUUGUCACUCUUCGUGAACAUAGAACGAAGUGGCAGUAAUCAUCUAUUUUUUGCACUCUUCUGAACCGUUAAUUAGACAAUAAUUGUUAAUGUCAAUCUGCUAUGAAAUAUUUGCACAGUAUUUCGUAAAAGAUGUUAA